AUGUAUUUAAGAAAAAAUUCACCGACAAGAGACUCAGAUGUUUCUAAAUAUCUUCAAAAUUUCAAUGAAAAUUCAACCUUGCUCGCAGGAACUGAUUUUAUUGGCUACAGACUAAGAAGAUUUCGGGAUCAAUUAAAUGUUGAAAGGUCUCAGAGCCCCGCAAGAUCAGCAAGAAACUCAUCUCUGAAGAAUUCUCUGCUAGAAAAUAAAAGCCCAUUGAAAUUAAAUACAGAAAGUCCCAUAAAAAGCCAUUUUGACGCUGAUGAUAUCAUUCUAAGACACAGCUUGACUCAAAAAAUUCAUCAGAAAAAAUCAAUUGAACGGUUGUAUCGAGGCAUGUUGCCGAGAAAUGCAGAACAAAGAAUUUCAAGCUUGCUUGGGUCUAAUAAUAAAGGAGAUGCCACAGAUAUAAAAGAGUUCAACGAAGAGCUGAAUAAAAUUGUGUAUUUUCAAUCCGUUAAGCCUGAGCUGCAAUCUAUUUUUGAUUCAUUAAGAGGAAAGCCUCAAAACAAGCCAAUUUCGAAAUACGAAAUCGUACAAUUCCUGAAAUCAAAACUAAGUGAAAGAUCAGAAAGCUACAAAGAUAUGAUCCUCAGUGUUUCAGAAAUCACAAAGAUGGCAGGGGAAAUCUUCAGGAUGAUAUUUAAUGUAGGAGCAGAUGAAGAAGCUUUCCUGCUUGAGCUGCUUUGGCGAUGCUUGAUUUAUCAGUUGGAACUAGGAGUUUCUCGACAGCUGAAUUUGACUAUCAGACAAGAAUCUGCUAAUAAAAUAAAAAUCGAAGAAAAUGAAAAUAAAUGAAAAAGUGAGUUGGAAAGAAUUAAAAGUGUAUUCUCAAAGCAAGUUCAUAACCUGGAGCAAGAGAACAGAAGACUUAAUAAAGAAAUAAAGCAAGUUAAUAAGUUGAGAAGAAGAAUUGAGGAAGAUAAAGAGCGAUUAAUAAAAGAAAUUUCUCAUGAUAUAUCAUCUACUCCAAAAAUAAAUAGUAAGGCUCAUGAGCCGGAAGAGAUUAAAUUGAAAGAAUAUCGAAAUGCUAGUACGAUGACGGAAGAGUUUACAGUGAAAAUUGAAAGGAUUGAAAAAAAUGAAGAAAAUCAUCCUAUUAUAAAGCUCGCAAGUUUGGGGGGAAACGAAAUAAUUGGAGAAGAUCCAUUGGAGUAUUGUGAAAAACUGUUUAAUAAAUUCAAAGGAAAUGGGUCAUUUCUUAGGUACUUUUUGAGAAAUCUAGUUGUUGAUUUUUCAAAUAAGGAUAAGGUUUCAUCUAAGGCUUCACAAGUAUAUCGCGCUUUGCUUCCGUCACAUAUUGAUAAUGAUUCCAAAAAAAAUUUCUUCUGAAGUAUUUUGAAGAUUGAAGGAGAACUUCCCCCUCAUACAGAAAACGUCAUUUUUUACAUUAGAGAUCUCAUAAAGCCUCUAGAUAAGCUUCAUCUAGAAAUAUCAUUUAGAGAGGUUGUUUCAAUAAUACAAAAUACACUCACUCUUCCCCCCAUUUAAUAAAGAAACACUUUUUUUGUUCGUUAUUAAAUAGGGUCUAACUUUUAAAAUUUUUGGAAAAAAAAUAUAUAUAAAAUUUAUAUUAAAUAUCUAUGAUUUUUAUAUCAAAAUUUCAAUUAAAGGGUUAAUAAUAAAAGGAAUCAAAUGAUGACAACAGAAAGAGAAAUCGCCUAAAUGCAGGCGAAAAGAUAACUAUUGCUAACUCUCCCCCUCCGUGAGCUAAUAAAAAAAUAGAAAAAAUCCUCACCUUCUGUGAGCGAACAAAAAUUUUUUAUGGAAAAAAUUCUGAUAUAUAAGCGAUAAUUAUUAUAAUGAAAAUCUCUGGCUAACUCUGUUUAAUUUUAAACAAAUUGCGUUUUAAAACAUAAAUUUUAUAAAUUUAAAUUAAUAUUUGCUUGCCAAUUUUUGCAAAUUAGGUUUUUUUUAAAAUUUCGGACAAUUUUUUAUGGAAAAGAUUUUGAUAUAUAAACGGUAAUUACUAUAAUGAAAUCUCUGGCUAAUUCUGUUUAAUUUUAAACAAACUGUGUUUUAAAACAUAAAUUUUAUUAAAUUAAAUUAAUAUUUGUUUCCCAAUUUCUGCAAAUUAGGAUUUUUUUAAAAAUUUCAAAAAAAAUAAAAUUUAUAUAUAAAUUUUUUUAUAAAAAAAACUAAACCCCCUCCAUGAGCGAACGAAAUGUUUUUAUUCGCUCACGGAGAGGGAGUAAGAGCCAGCUUAAGAUUAAGCCGCUAGUAGCUUAUUAGCUCUUAUUUAUUAUUCUUUGCUCGAUUAUACUCGUCCUUAUCUUAAUCUAACUACUUAAAAUUAGUAAACUGUAGAGACUAAAUUAGCUUAUAUAAUUUUAUAUAGUAAAUUUUGUUCGUUAUUAAAUGGGGCCUAACUCCCCCCCCUCCGUGAGUGAACAAAAAUUUUUUAAUACAAAAAAAAUUUUAUGGAAAAAAAAAUUGAUAUAUAAAUGAUAAUUAUUAUAUUGAAAUCUAGAGCUAAUUCUGUUUAAUUUUUAAAACGAAUUGCAUUUUAAAACAUAAAUUUAAUAAAUUAAAUUAAUAUUUGCUUUCAAAUUUUGCGAAUUAGGAUGUUUUUAAAUUUCGAAAAAAAAUAUUUUUUUAUAAAAUUUAUAUAUAAAAUUUUUUAAAAAAAAAAAAUUAACCCCCCUCCGUUAGUGAACAAAAUUUUUUUGUUCACUCACGGAUGGGUGGGGGAGUAAGAAAAAAUUUUUUAGGAAAAAAAAAAAUGACGGUUUUGUUCGUUAUUAAAUGGGGGGAGUUAGCUCUAAUAAAGAUUUUGCAUAUUCAAUCCUAUCAAACCUUCAACUAAACACAAAAAUCCACGAUAGCGACCCUUUUGAUACUUAUACAGCACAUGAGCGAAUUAAUGCAAGAAUAGAAGACAAAUACCAUCAAACUUUUGAAAUUCUUCUAAUGAGAAUAGCUCUAUGCAUCUAUAUUUCAAGAAAGCCUCUAAAUAAUUACUUCCAAGAAGGAGAAAUCAUAUCCCCUGAUGACUUUAUUAAUGUACUCGUAAAUUCUUACAAUUUAUUCUGCUCUCAAGAAGAAAUAAAUCUUCUUCGACAGUAUAUUGAAGAUCCUCUUCCUCUAAUGAAAAUCAUAGAAAGACUUAAUUUAAAUGCUUUUUAUAAAGCAGCCACUCACAGCACCAUACAAAAAUAUGACCUGCUAUGUGCCGUUUGCAAACAAUUUGAGUUGAUAUUUUUCAAAAAAAUCCAAACUUUUUCAGAAAUUUUAAAUAUAUCUUCAUUUUCAGAACUGAAUGAGUUUUUCAAAAGUUCUAAUGUUUCACUGUCAGAAAUUGACCUAAAACAGAUUUUUGUAGACAUUCAGUUAGGCAAAGAUCUUAGUGCUAUAUUACUUGACAAUAAUUUUUUUUCAGAUACCACAAUUACUUUCGAUCCGAUAAGGCGUUCUAAAAGAAACCGCAAUAAAACCUUAAAACAGCCUAAAGUCAACUUAAUUUAA